UUAAGAGUGAUAAAAAUCAUUGGUAUGAAUGAAACUAGCGAUUUUGAUUUUUCCGUAUAUGCCAUCCAUGGAAACGCUGCACUGAAUCAUUAUACCCUGAAGGUUGAGGUUAACGGAGUACAAAUAACAACGCUGUGCGACACCGGCGCUCCUUGUUCUCUAAUGUCAGCUAAUACAUUCGAUGCGUAUUUCGAUCGAAAGGUGCUACAGCAAUGUUCAGUACCAUACACCGGAUACACAGGUAACCUGAUUAAUAUUAUUGGUGAGUUUAAAGCUUGUGUUAAUUUCAAUGGACAAAAAAUUUAUGGUAAAUUUGUAGUUACAAAUACAGACAGGCCAACCUUAUUAGGGCGAGACUUUCUUCGUUCCCUAGGUUUUGAGUUAACUCAAUCUAAUUUGAGUUCAAAAAAGGAAUCGUUUUCUUCCGGUGAGCUAGGUCUGAAUUCUAAUACUAGUAAUGUUACUUCCAAAUCAAAUUCAGUGAAUUAUUUAAACACGUAUAAUGAAAUAAUUGAACAAAUUAAAGCAGAAUUUGCUGAAGUAUUUCAAAGUGGUUUGGGUAAAUACAAUAUAUCAACAAUUUCUUUACCAAUUUCGAAAGAUGCAGUUCCUGUAUUUUUCAAACCAAGACCUAUACCCAUAGCAUGGCGAGAAACAGUUGAGAAAAAACUAGACGAGUUAGUUGACAAAGGAAUGCUGGUUUCCGUCGACAAUUCAGAUUGGGGAACACCACUUGUUCCUUUGCUUAAACCAUCUGGAGAAAUCCGGAUUUGUGGUGAUUAUAAGGUCACAAUAAAUAAAUAUUUGAGUGACUUUAGAUACCCCUUACCUCGAAUUGAUCAAAUUUUCGCAUCAAUGGAAGGAGGUUCUUUAAACAGCGCGGAUAGUUUAUCACGCAUAGGUCAAAUUGAGAAUCCGGACACUAAGCCUGAGAGCACAUACAUCAACUAUGUGAAUUUCGUUAAUCCGCUUCAGCUAGAUUUUCUAGCAAUAGCUAAAUAUACACGUCGCGAUGCUAUUCUUUCUAAGGUCGCAAACUCCAUUUUAAAUGGUACACUUUUGAACUUGGGUGGUAAUGAAUUUAAUGCAUUCAAAACCAAAGCAUCUGAGCUGACUGUUGAAUCAGGAUGCAUUUUAUGGGGUUAUCGUACGGUUAUUCCGAGUAAAUUACAAGGAAACGUGCUACAAGAAUUACACAAAUCGCACUUAG